AUGCACAACGCCUCCUUCAACUACAUCGGUGGCCUGGACGCGUAUUGGAUCAACUACGUCGAGCCGCGCUUCCACUACAAUGACCACGUAUGGGUAAACCCCGCGUACUUCGAGAAGCGCGGCCUCCCGGUUCCCACGUGGUGCAAGUCGGCGCCUCCGCCCGCGUUGCGGUACCCCCGCCCGGGUCACCGCGACGUCCCUGGAUUGGACAGCCUGGAACAGUGGACAGGCUCGGGAGGCUCCCCAGGGCCGCACGUGUACGGACAUGCGACCGACAAGACGGCGGGGGCCAUUCCUUUUGGAUACGGGACCCCUGGAAUCCCCUAUGGGCCGUCCUCGCGCAACCCUUUCGGCAUCGACCAUCAGGAGUACGACGACCCGGCAUACAUGUCCCUGGGGGGCAGCAACCCGACCAUCCCAGGGCCGGAGGGUGGAGGAGGGACCUGGGACCCCCGUUGGAAGUGGGACGCGGGCUACACCUACGAGGAGGAGACCAGCAAGGUGAUCGCCUACAUAGCAAAAGCGAAGGCGGACGCCGCGGCCACGGAGCCCGUGGCCAAGGCCCACCGCGUGCAGUACAACCGGCUGAUGUCGGUGGAGGGCCGCUGA